AUAUUGGGCCUAAUCAUUGAAUCCGCAACGAAUUCGAUUUCGAUACGAUACAGAUUUUCGAUCGAAAAUUUUCAUGCAAUCAUUCAUUCCGUCGAUAAACUGCUUUAUCAAAAAACACAAAUGUCAAACUACAUUAUCGACGGUAAAUUUGACAAGUUUGAAAAAUUAAAUUGGCUGGGCUUUUGCUUCGUUUAUAUAAAUAUUUGAAAUGGAUACAAUCAUGUUACAUUUAAGUGAUAGCGAUAAUGAGGAUGAAAAUUGUAUACAAAUUCGUCGCGAGCGCAGAAAUUUGCGGAAUAAUUCAAAAGACAUAUUGGAAAUGGAUGAUUAUAAUUUCUUCAAAAAUUUUCGCAUCAACAAAGCAGCAUUUAUAUACAUUUUAGAGGAAUACGAAAAUGUAUGUGGAAAUGAUAAGAGACAAGGUUCUCUUUCUCCGAAAAUAAAACUUGCUGCAUGCCUGCGCUUCUUUGCCACAGGCAACUAUCAGCAUUGUGUUGGAAAGGACUUCAACAUAAAUGUGGCCCAAUCGACAUUCUGUGGAAUAUUAGAGGAAGUUCUAAACAGUCUUGAGUACAGACUAUGUUCACGGUGGAUUUCUAUUUACAUGAAUGAAAACGAAGAAUUGGAAUCAAAAACAUUUUUUUUUGCCAAGUCAAAAAUUCCGGGUGUGACAAUGGCAGUUGAUGGAACUCACAUAAAGAUAAUGGCUCCAACGAGAGAUAAACAUCUUUAUUAUAAUCGCAAAGGAUUCUCAAGUUUGAACGUUAUGAUAGUGUGCGACCACAAAAUGCAAAUACGCUACGUUAAUGCAAAAUAUCCUGGCAGUAGUCACGAUUCUCAUAUAUGGGAUUUGAGUGACAUAAAAACUAUCAGCGCAACCAAUUAUCGGAGAGGAAAUGCAAAUUUAAUAUUAGGUGAGAAACCAUUGAUAAAAGUACGUUCACCUAAUAAAAAUGUACGCAUUAAAGGAGACAAAGGGUAUCCUCUUCAACCAUGGCUCAUAACUCCAUUUAGAGAACCAAUCACAUGCCUCAGAAAAAGAAGGUUUAAUACGUAUCAUGCUAAAGGCCGAAUAGUUGUUGAGAAAACAAUAGGAUUAUUAAAAUCAGUAUUUCGUUGCCUUUGCAGUGAACGAGGACUACAUUACGCACCAUAUAAAGCAGCGCGUAUUGUUAAUUUCUGCUGUGCAUUGCAUAAUAUUCGUUUGCAUUUUAAUUCUAACGAAAAUUUUAAUGAGCCACACCUGGAUAUAUCUGAAAAUGAAUAUUCAAACAAUGAUGACAAUGAUUUAAAUGAUAUGCCUUCCGACGAAGCAAAUAGAAUAAGAGAAACUUUUUUAGAUAUGUUUUAGUAUAAGUUCAUAACGGGUGAUUUUUUUGAGGUUAGGAUUUUCAUGCAUUAGUAUUUGACAGAUCACGUGGGAUUUCAGACAUGGUGUCAAAGAGAAAGAUGCUCAGUAUGCUUUGACAUUUCAUUAUGAAUAGACUUACUAACGAGCAACGCUUGCAAAUCAUUGAAUUUUAUUACCAAAAUCAGUGUUCGGUUCGAAAUGCUUUUUUAUCGACAAAUUUUGUUCAGCGAUGAGGCUCAUUUCUGGUUGAAUGGCUACGUAAAUAAGCAAAAUUGCCGCAUUUGGGGUGAAGAGCAACCAGAAGCCGUUCAAGAACUGCCCAUGCAUCCCGAAAAAUGCACUGUUUGGUGUGGUUUGUACGCUGGUGGAAUCAUUGGACCGUAUUUUUUCAAAGAUGCUGUUGGACGCAACGUUACGGUGAAUGGCGAUCGCUAUCGUUCGAUGCUAACAAACUUUUUGUUGCCAAAAAUGGAAGAACUGAACUUGGUUGACAUGUGGUUUCAACAAGAUGGCGCUACAUGCCACACAGCUCGCGAUUCUAUGGCCAUUUUGAGGGAAAACUUCGGACAACAAUUCAUCUCAAGAAAUGGACCCGUAAGUUGGCCACCAAGAUCAUGCGAUUUAACGCCUUUAGACUAUUUUUUGUGGGGCUACGUCAAGUCUAAAGUCUACAGAAAUAAGCCAGCAACUAUUCCAGCUUUGGAAGACAACAUUUCCGAAGAAAUUCGGGCUAUUCCGGCCGAAAUGCUCGAAAAAGUUGCCCAAAAUUGGACUUUCCGAAUGGACCACCUAAGACGCAGCCGCGGUCAACAUUUAAAUGAAAUUAUCUUCAAAAAGUAAAUGUCAUGAACCAAUCUAACGUUUCAAAUAAAGAACCGAUGAGAUUUUGCAAAUUUUAUGCAUUUUUUUUUUAAAAAAAGUUAUCAAGCUCUUAAAAAAUCACCCUAUAUAUAACUA